AUGCGGAGGCGGCAGCAACAAAUCCUCGAAAAGAUGCGGUCUCAGCAGAUGCAGUUUUUGUCUGCUAACGGUGAUGCGAUGGAGGACGAGGCGAGUGGAGGUAAUCGCAACGAUACGGAAAGCCACACUGUGGAGGUGGAUACAGACAGUGACAGCUAUGAUGAAGCGAUGGACUCGGAGGAGGAUGUGGAGGAGGACCAUGAAGAGGAAGACGAGUGGGGCUUCCCUACGGGCCAAGUAGACGUGCGUCUGUACCUAGACCAUGUUUCAUCCGCCAUCGCGCAGAUGCGAGAGAAGCAACGAAGAUCUCAGGAUCGAAGGCGGCGGCGAAGACGCAGCACUCGAAGUUCAUCAAUCACGGCAGAGCACGACGAGCGGGGGCGCUCUUCCUCUAUAAGCUACGACUAUGGCUCAAUUGACGAACAGUCUGAAGAUUGCGGGCUUUGUCGGUUGCCGUGCGAUCCCCGCUCACGCGAAUCUUCGUUCGGCUUUGUCGGCAUGAUCCUGCCAACGAAUAUGCCGCAGAAGAUCGAGAAGGGUUCUUCUGGCAUUUCAAGUCCGGACGCGCGUCCUGUGGUAUCAUCGCGACUACCGUCGCUGCGCGUCCUGAAGCCUGGAACUACCGAUGAAAUGCGCAUGCAGCUGGCUGACUGCGUGAUCUGGAGCUGUGGCCACGCCAUCCACCACUCAUGUUUGAAGGCGUACCUGAUGUCUCUCUGGAAGCAAAAGCACGGUCGCACCCCUCUGGAGAUGACCAGUGGCGAGGACCGCCUCCUCAGCGAGCGUGAUAUGGAGUUCGUGUGUCCUAUCUGUCGCCGGCUUUCCAACUGCUUGGUCCCGCGCGUCUCGCUGGAGGAGCUCCGGGAGCGGGCGUCGGUCAACGAGCUCAUGAGCGCGGAGUUCGGCUCGGACGAGGAAGAAGAGGAGAAGAAGGACGACGGCCAGGACCCGCUGGCCUUCCUUCAGUGGCUUGACACGCAGAUGAGCUUCCGCGACGACUCCCCUGUCGUUAAGCGGCGGCGCUCCAGGACGCAAUCGAGCUUGCGCUUGAGACGUCGCUUGCUGUCCUCAACGUCCAAGUCUUCGCUGUCUCCUGGCUCACGAUCCUCCGGAGGUUCUGUGUCGUCGCCCGGUGGGCAUGAGAUCACCGAACAGGAUGUUAGCGUGGAGCGCGAGAUUGGUGCCUUCUGUCACGAAGUUGUUCUCCGGUCUGUGCGCGCGCAGCUGUAUCUGCCGACGCUGCUGACGAGCUCUAUUGGGGAUGAAGGCAGCUUGGACUUGGAGAUGCAGCAGCUUAGCUCGGAGUGUGGUGCCCAGACCCCAGCGUGGCAGUUGCUACUGCACUGCCUGGAGGUGCAGCUGCGCGUGGUGGCACGCGAGAAGACGCUGCUGCAGACUGACGCCGUGGAUUCCUUACAGCUCCGGUCGAUGCGCCAGCUUGCAGAUAUCACAGCGGCCGCAGUAGCGUUCUCGACCCCGAGCUCGCUGGCGUGGACAGUCGUGGAGGCACCGGCGGACAAGCAGUUCGAGAGUGUUAUGACGAGACUCAACGGACUGAUUUUCGGCCAGCAAGUUCUCUUUGAAGAAGACGAAGACUCGUCCAGCCCCAAGUGGAGCAUUCGUGGCCAGCUGCAGACCGGCGACUCGGAGGACACGACGGAUGCAGCGUUAGUGGGCACGCCGAUGUUGUGCCACCCACGACUAUUGACGUGUUUUGCGAUGCGGAUCAUGUGGAGGCAGAGCAUCGCCACCCCAAACGCCGACGUAGCAGCGGAACAGCUGCUCACCGAAGCUUUCUUCUCAGCCCGCGUGGUGUUCACGGCUCAGGUGCUACAGGCUCUAGCCUAUCUCGCGAUGCAGGGGGAUCAAGAGCUACCGUCGCACGAGAACGAACAGGGAGAAGGCCCAGCUAGCAAGACCAAGGCGGAGAUUCGCGACUUCGAAGAAGUGGAGUCGCUUCGCGACGCAUCGGUGUGGAUAUCGCUGAUGCUGGCGCGAUCUCGCUUGAUGGACGGGAAGCCCGUUAUGACACCUGAGGUUAGUCGAGCUAAGAAGUGGAACGCGGCGGCGAUGGAAGAGCAAGUCAGCGCGUUGUGUCUGCCGCUCGCUCAGCAGAUGCUGCUGCUCAUGGACACUGUGCUGCCCACGUCUCAUCAACACCACAGCGACAGCAGCCAAGGGGACGGCGAUGCCAAGGCAUCGCACGUUUCCGAGUCCUGCGCAGUGUGCGAUGGCCUCUUCCCCGCGACAUCAACGUCGACGUCGUCAACUGGGACACCGUCAGCGUCUGCGUUGCUGGACAAGUGUCUGCGGAGACUUCACUUGCCCCCUUUGCGGCUCUUCUUCCACCGGGAGAUGUUCCCGUCAAGUCAACGCACGCUGUGCCAGCUCUGGGGCGCGCAGCUCGAGGCGAAGGCUGCGGUUUCUCGCCAACAAGCUCGCUCCCAAGCUCUCGUAGCUAGUGGAUCUCCCACGCAGGUCGACGCGUUCCCGCUGCAGCGCCAAGUGAAGUUGCUUUCGUCUCGAGCUGCCGCAGUCGCUUCUGCGGGCACGAACUAUCAACUGCUCAUCGAGCUGCCCCGGGUCUACAUGGAUUUGUUCAUCCGCUACAAUGAGAAGCCCACCGGUGUCUGUCAGCAGUGCGCGCAGGUGCCGCAGCACCCCGGGCUGUGUCUUUUCUGUGGUGAGGUGCUGUGCUGCUUCUCCGCGUGCUGUGAGGCGAAAGAAGGCGGCGGCGUGGGUGAGUGCACGCAGCACGCCCAGCGCUGCGGCCUCGGUCUGGGUGCCUUCCUGCUGCUGCGCGCGUGCACCGUGAUCCUCUUCCUGGGGAACGAGAGGCGCUGCGUCUGGGGCAGUCUCUACGUGGACAAGAACGGCGAGGAGGACCCGUACCUGCGUCGCGGCAAGACGCUGUACCUCGACCCGAGUCGCCGCUUGGCGCUGGAGACGCUGCUGGUCUCGCACAGCUUCUCGCAGAACACCGCCAUCCUGCAGAACACUUCACGCCGGGAUGGCCGACGGUACUAAAAGGCUGGCUGCGCGACUGGGACGUUGGCGUUGAAGUGAUGAUCAACACGCAGCUGGAGGUGUAGUAGACUCAACAACUGUAAUGAUAGCACGAGCCCGCGCACAUUCACGCGCUUGAC